AGGAACUCCUCGUCCAAGGAGCGCCGCACCUCCUCCAAGGAGCGCCGGGCCCCGUCCAAGGAGCGCAUGCUCUUCGCCGCCACCUUCUGCGCGCCCAAGGGGAUGGCGACGCGCGCCCCGCCGGCCUGGAAGAGCCUGCCGGCCACCCCGGAGGCCUACGCGCCCACCCCCAGGGGCUGCUUCCCGUCCACCUCCCAGUUCCAGCCGGCCUCGUCUGACGCCUUCAAGGGGCCCCCCGCCAUCCCGGAGCUGCCCAGGUCGCUGCCGCUGGCCCCCAAGGAUCCCUUUGCCUAUGCCGAGGCCCUGCCUGCCGUGCCCUGGGUCCCCCAGCCCAAUCUGAAUGCCCCCAGCGGGUCCAAGGCGGAGCCCACCAUGCUGAUGGCCACGGCGGCGGCCCCCCAGGCCAUGGCCUUCCCGCAGGAGGGUUCCAAGACCCCCGACGAGCCCCCCCGGCGCCCCGGGGGCAAAGCCACCCGGAAGAAGAAACAUCUGAACACCGAGGAGGACGACGACUACUACGGAGAAGACAACGGCGGCCGCGGCGGCCGCGGGCUGGCCAUGCGCAACUGGCAGCCCCCGCGUCGCUGGGCCAACAUGAACUAUAAUGACUGGGAGGUUCUGGGGAACUGGGAGGACCCCAUUUCUGCCGCCCGCGAUCUGAGUGGCUGGGAGGGCCCCAGUACCUCCAGGAUCCUGAGUGGCUGGGAGGGGCCGAGCACUUCUUGGGCCCUGAGCGCCUGGGAGGGGCCGGGCACCUCGAGGGCCCUGGGCGCGUGGGAAAACCCGGGGAACCCCCACUCUCUGAUGCUUUCUGAGCUCUCUGGCAUGCCCCUGGGGGUGGGGACCAGCCAGGAUGAGCCCAAGGGGGAGGCGGGGCCCGUGUCCCCCCUAGAUGAGAGAGCCAACGCCUUGGUGCAGUUCCUCCUGGUCAAGGACGGAGGCAACGUGCCCAUCAGGCGGUCCGAGAUGGUGAAGUUCAUCAUCCGGGAGUACAAGGACGAGUCCCUAGAGAUCAUCAAGCGUGCCAACCACAAGCUCGAGUGUGUCUUUGGGUAUCAGCUGAAGGAGAUCGACCCCCAGACCCACUCUUACAUUAUCAUCAAUAAGUUCGGGGGCGGGCCCGUGGCCUCGCCACCCCCCUGCCUGGAGAUCCCCAAGCUGGGCCUCCUGAUGGCGGUCCUGAGCCUCAUCUUUAUCAAAGGCAAUUGCAUCCGGGAAGACCUGCUCUACAGCUUCCUGGAGAAGCUGGGGCUGGAUGUCCGGGGGGAGCAUGGUCUCCUAGGGAAUGUCAAGAAGCUCAUCACCGAGGAGUUUGUCAGGCAGAAGUACCUAGAGUACAGGGAGGUCCCCAACACCCAGCCCACUGAGUACGAGUUCCUCUGGGGCCCCCGGGCCUUCAUGGAGAUCAGCAAGAUGCUGGUGCUCAAAUUCCUGGCCAAACUCCAUAACAAGGAUCCGGAAUGCUGGCCGUUCCACUACUUCGAGGCCCUGGCCGAGUGCGAGUCCGAUGAUGAGUGGGAUUACGAGGAGCUGGGGCCCUACUACGGUCGGGCCGGGGGUCGCUUCCGCAGGUCCCGUCCCCGCUAAGUCGGAAACUUAGCCGCUCUCUCUGUUCCUUCGUGUCCCCCCGGGGCCAAGAGCCACUCACAGGGUCGUCGUGCGUGUGCGUGCGCGUGUGUGUAUCGUGCAGGGUCGGGGGUGGGGGGGAGGGGGUUGUGUCGUUACGUUUACUGGUGUUUCUGUUCCAAUCCUACCUAUGUGUACACUUGGAUCUCAGACCUGGUUCCUGUAAUCUGCCAAAGCUUUGUAUACAUCCUCACGUGCUGUUGACUUUCAAGUGGCUACUGUUCUCCUGGGUACCUCUUGGCACUUGUGUACUUCAGUGAGUUGUGUGUGAUUCUCUCUCUCGCUCUCUCGUUUUUUCGUGUUCGACUCGUUCCUGUGGCUGUACCCGGAGUUGUGCUGGCUUUGUGAAAUGAAUUGAGACGCAGCCAUCCAUCUCACCCUGGUGCAAAAAAAACAAAACUCUGUAGUGUUGAAAGUAGGCUGUUCUUUGACGUGUAAAAACAUGACUCAUCCGUCACGCUGUCUGCAGAGAAAUAAAUAUCUAUAUCUAUAUCUAUAUAAAUAUACUUUCAGCAUAACACA